AUGUGGUGGACUGACAGUUUAGUAUCAGUAUUCCUCUUAAAACUCUUGUUUUACACCACCUGUUUUAUCGGUGUACUGCACGUUAUUGAGAUAAUAUUAUAGUUAGAGAUUCUGCCUCAUUCAAUUUUCCAUUGGACGGUUUUUCCUUAUGUAAUCUAGCGCUUUUUAUAAUCUUUGGCUUAAAUAAAGGAACAUAAGUAAGACUUGAUGAAGGAUGCCCACAUGCAUGAUUUUGUAAACCCUCCCCAUCCUGUAAGAUUCACACGAAAGUAAGUCAAAAUGAGCUGAUUUGAUUUUAUCAUACAUGUAUGAUUUUGAUUACAGGAAAGUCUGAGCUUUACUUCUUGCAAUAUAGUCAGUUAUGCUUUCUAUGGCUGACUUGCUGUAUGUUUUGUGUGUUGCCUACUUUAUGGAUUGGUGGGUUUUUACUAUGCGUGUGUUGUAUUCACUUUAUUUUUCUAGGUUGGUCGUGGCAUCUGUUCUUCAUGUCACUUUCAUCAAAAUGCUGAAAUGUCAAAUUUGCAGUAUAAUCAGUUAUCACUUUACUAAUCAUGCCUAAUCCUGAUAUUUUACGUAAUUUAAUCUUUUUGCAGGAUGCUUGUUUGCUAUUUCAAUUGCAAAAGAGGAAGCCUCAAAAUUGGGAACUGUUAUUGGAAUUGACCUUGGUACAACCUACUCCUGUGUUGGAGUGUACAAGAAUGGCCAUGUGGAAAUCAUCGCCAAUGACCAAGGAAACCGAAUCACUCCUUCGUGGGUGGCCUUUACUGACAGUGAAAGGCUAAUUGGUGAGGCUGCGAAGAACCAGGCCGCUGUCAACCCUGAAAGAACAGUAUUCGAUGUGAAGAGACUUAUUGGAAGAAAGUAAGUACACUAUUCCGUUUGCAGUAUACCCACGCGCAUGAGUAAAUCGCAAGCCAUCCGUGAGUAACUUGUCUUAUCUUGUAGGUUUGAGGACAAAGAGGUUCAGAAAGAUAUGAAGCUCGUUCCAUACAAGAUAGUGAAUAAGGAUGGAAAGCCUUACAUUCAGGUUCAGACUAAGGAUGGAGAGACCAAGGUCUUCAGUCCUGAGGAAAUUAGUGCUAUGGUCUUGACAAAGAUGAAGGAAACAGCAGAAGCUUUCCUCGGGAAGAAAAUCAAGGAUGCUGUUGUUACCGUACCUGGUAAGAGGACGUCGUAAGAGUCUUGGGCUUGCCUUUUACGUGUCCUCUCAUUGUGUUACUAAAUGUUUCCCUUUGCAUUUGCACAGCUUACUUCAAUGACGCUCAGAGGCAGGCUACCAAGGAUGCUGGAGUCAUUGCUGGGCUUAAUGUUGCUAGAAUAAUUAAUGAGCCAACUGCAGCUGCCAUUGCAUACGGUUUAGAUAAAAAGGGUGGCGAGAAGAACAUCCUCGUCUUUGACCUCGGUGGUGGGACAUUCGAUGUCAGCAUUCUGACCAUCGAUAACGGAGUAUUUGAGGUUCUGUCCACAAAUGGGGACACUCAUUUGGGAGGUAAUCUCGACAUUCAUUUGGGGUCGCUAAUUUACGUGGUUUUGUUGCAAUAACCAUGCCAUUUCAACUGAUCAAGAAGCUUUGCUUGAGUCUAGGUGAGGACUUUGACCAGAGAAUCAUGGAAUACUUCAUCAAGUUGAUCAAGAAGAAGCACGGGAAGGAUAUCAGCAAGGAUUACCGGGCUCUCGGGAAGCUCCGGAGGGAAGCCGAGCGCGCCAAGAGGGCUCUGAGCAACCAGCACCAGGUCCGAGUCGAGAUCGAGUCGCUGUAUGAUGGACUGGAUUUCUCGGAGCCCUUGACCCGCGCCCGCUUCGAAGAGCUGAACAAUGAUCUGUUCAGAAAGACCAUGGGACCCGUGAAGAAGGCGAUGGAAGACGCCGGACUGGAGAAGCACCAGAUCGACGAGAUUGUUCUGGUCGGCGGCAGCACCCGGAUCCCCAAGGUGCAGCAGCUCCUGAAGGACUACUUCGACGGCAAGGAGCCAAACAAGGGCGUAAAUCCGGACGAGGCUGUUGCAUACGGCGCGGCCGUUCAGGGUAGCAUCCUGAGCGGAGAGGGCGGGGACGAAACCAAAGGUGAUUGAUCCAUCGCUUUCAUUCCCUUUUAUACCUUCAGAACCGCAGUUGUUCGUUAUUUAUUAGCUAGAUUCCUAACGUGUGAUCCUCUUUCCCCGCAAUCGUUUCUUAGAUAUUCUUCUCUUGGACGUUGCACCGCUUACCCUUGGUAUCGAGACUGUGGGCGGAGUGAUGACGAAGUUGAUCCCCAGGAACACCGUCAUCCCGACCAAGAAAUCCCAGGUCUUCACGACAUACCAGGAUCAACAGACCACCGUCUCCAUCCAGGUACCCCUGAGGAUCUUACUAAAGCUUCGACCCACCCUCCAGUAGUACACGUGAACGUCGACUGACUCAUUUCUGGUCAGGUUUUCGAGGGCGAGAGGAGCCUCACCAAGGACUGCAGGAUGCUUGGGAAGUUUGAUCUUUCAGGCAUCACCCCAGCCCCAAGGUUCAUCCAUCACACACCUCUCUCUCUCUUUGACUUUAUCCCUAGCUUUGAUAAUGGACGUUAUAUCCUCUGAGCAGGGGGACGCCUCAGAUCGAGGUGACGUUCGAGGUGGACGCGAACGGGAUCCUGAAUGUGAAGGCAGAGGACAAGGGGACUGGGAAGUCGGAGAAGAUCACCAUCACCAACGACAAGGGCCGGCUGAGUCAAGAGGAGAUCGAUCGGAUGGUCCGCGAGGCGGAGGAAUUCGCCGAGGAAGACAAGAAGGUCAAGGAGAAGAUCGACGCCCGCAACGCCCUGGAGACGUACGUCUACAACGUGAAGAACAGCGUCAGUGACAAGGACAAGCUCGCCGACAAGCUCGAGGGCGACGAGAAGGAGAAGCUGGAGGCGGCGCUCAAGGAGGCCCUCGACUGGCUGGACGAGAACCAGAGUGCCGAGAAGGAGGACUACGAGGAGAAGCUCAAGGAAGUGGAGACCGCCUGUAACCCCAUCAUGACCGCCGUCUACCAGCGGUCCGGGGGGGCCUCCGGCGCUGGAUCCGACGGCGGCGACGACGAUUCUCACGACGAACUGUAG